CUGUAAAUCCUUGGCAGUCCCGUCAAGAUCUCGUAACCGCCGACCUGGUUGUUUACGACAGGCGUCUGGACUGAAAUAAAUAAAUAAAUAGAUACAUAAAUAAAUUAAAUUUCUGGGUUGCCCCGGGCAUUUAAACAGCGAUCGGCGGUUGUAUGGCCAUGGCGGACGAGGGGCGGCAUUAUAACGAGCACGAUGACCGGGUGGGGGGGCCCGCGUUCCGCAGUAAGAAGGGGCGGGGGCCGUUCCGGGGCAGGAUGUACAGCGAGCAGCCCCCCCGGCAGAGGCACCGUGGAGGGGUUGGGUGGGGGCCCGGCCCGAGAGCUCGGUUUGAUGAAGAUGAGGGGGGAGACGUCUCCAUGAACGACACCUUGCAGGAUUCCUCCCCCGGGUCGGGGCAGCGCAGAUUUAACCCGUACAGCGUCAGACCUAACCGGCGCGGGGAGGACCGCUUCGACAAGGACCGAGAGCGCGGGGGGGGCCAGCGUGGGCCCAGGGGCCCGGCCAACCGCAAGAGCUGGUUCAAAAUCACAAUCCCUUGUGGAAAGAAAUAUGAUAAGCCGUGGCUCAUAGCAGCUCUACAGGGAGUGUGCUCGCUUCAGUUUACCCCUGUGCAUUUCCACUAUGAGAAAAACAAUGCCGUGUUCUUUGUGGAAGACGCAACGACUGCAAACGCGCUGAAAAUGGUUUCGAGGAAGAUCACAGACAAGGACAGCUACAAGGUUGUGGUCAUAAUAAACAGCUCGUCGUCGCCCCCCUCGUUUAUCCAGAACGAACUCAAACCGGAGGAGCUGGAGCAGCUGAAGCAAUGCAUGAGCAAGCGUUUUGAUGGCUCCCAGCAAGCACUGGAUCUGAACAGCCUUCGCACUGACCCAGAUCUCGUGACGCACAAUAUAGACCUGGUUCUGAACCGGAGAAACUGCAUGCAGGCUGUCAACAAAGUCAUUGAGGAGAACAUCCCUGAGCUCGUCUCUCUGAACUUGAGCAAUAACCGGCUGUACAGACUGGACGACCUCUCUGAGCUGGUGAACAAGGCUACCAAACUGAAGUCUUUGAACCUGUCCCGCAAUGAGCUGAAGACGGAGCGAGAGCUGGACAAAAUCAAAGGCUUCCAGCUGGAGGAGCUGUGGCUGGACAGGAACGCGCUGUGCGAUUCCUUCAAAGACCACUCCACGUACAUCAGUGCCGUCCGUGAGAGGUUUUCCAAGCUGCUGAGAUUGGAUGGGCACAUCCUCCCCCUUCCCAUCGCCUUUGAUGUUGAAGCCCCGACGACGCUCCCGCCUGGCAAGGGCAGUUACUUCGGCUCCGAUGACAUCAAGAGCUUGAUCCUGCGCUUCUUGCAGCAGUAUUACAGCGUGUAUGACUCUGCGGACAGGCAGCCUCUGCUGGACGCCUAUCACGAUGGGGCCAGCUUCUCCCUCACUGUGCCCUUCACCACGCAGAACCCCUCCAGGAGCAGUCUGGGGGAGUAUCAGAAAGACAGCCGGAAUGUGAAGAAACUGAGCAACCCUGCGGCUCGGUUUCGUCUGUUGAAGCACACGAGGCUCAUGGUGGUGGCUUUCCUGAACGAGCUCCCCAAGACGCAACACGACGUCAGCUCCUUCGUGGUGGACGUGAGCGCGUGCACUAACACUCUGCUGAGUUUUACAGUCGCUGGAGUGUUUAAAGAAGUGGACGGCAAGGCUCGGGACUCGGUGAGGGCCUUCUCGAGGGUGUUUGUCACAGUGCCUGCUGGGAACACGGGGCUCUGCAUUGUGAAUGACGAGCUGUUUGUUCGCAACGCCUCGACGGAGGAGAUCCGCAGAGCCUUCGCCACGCCGGCCCCCACCCCCUCCAGCAGCCCCGUGCCCAGCCUGUCCGCCCCGCAGCAGGAGAUGCUCUCCGCAUUCUCACUGCAGUCCGGCAUGAACCUGGAGUGGACGCAGAAGUGUCUCCAGGAUAACGAGUGGGAUUUUAACAGGGCAGCACAGAUCUUCACACAGCUGAAGGCGGAAGGCAAGAUCCCAGAUGUUGCUUUCGUAAAGUGAGACGAGGAUCUGGCGAGGCGACGGCCGAGAGGCGGGUGGAGAUCGGGAUAGACGGGGCGGCCCUGAGACUCUUUGUUCAUCCAGACACAAACUUGAUUUAAUCCUUCUGAGCUUUCUGACUCUGAACUCUCACCCCCCUCUCUUCUGUUAACACAAUGUGAGAUUUAUUCCUGAUUUUAGACCUCCGCAUCGGCACAAGCCCUCGUUUCUGGAGCUCUGGUGUGUCUCUCUUGAUAUAGUUGUACAUUGUUGUUAUUAUUAAAGUCCAAAGCCUUUUUUUUGUUAA